AUGUCCUACCUAUCGAACUUUAACGCCGAAACGGGUAAAACGAUCCUGGUGGACAUCCUCAAGACGGUGAAUCAGCCGGAAAACUCCAAAAAGCUUGCCGAAGCGAAAGCCAACUCGGGCAAAGAGAUGAUUAAGAUGAUGCAGAACGUGUUCCCGCUGGUGAUGCAGGUACAGAUCGAGGUGAUCAAGGAUUACGGAUUUCCCGGGAACCGCGAAGGAUUGGUACAGUUCGAGCAGAUCAUACGGGAGUUUGAGCGUGAGGAUGUGGACAUUGCGCGACUGAGGGCACAGAUCCGUUCCAUCUAUCUACCUCCAAUUAACAUUAACAGCACGAAUGACGUGUUGAUAUGA